ACAACUAAGUGUUGGAACUCCAUACUGUAAACCAAUAACAUGGAUAUGGACAUUCAAAAUCAUCAAAUGGAACUUCAACCAACCGUUUCUCCAACAUCCGAGGAGUUCAUUUCACUUCACGGGUGGAUGCUCUCCCAUCUAAAUCUACAAAAGAUAAUUUCUUCGGAGUUCUCCGCUGAACAAAAUUGCAAAAAUGUUUUGAAGUACAUCAAUAAUUUCCCUUGGUCAUCGGAUAAGAAAGAAAUCACCGAGAACGCAAAUGUCCAACUACCGGCAAUGCCCUGCCUUUCACCAAUGGAUUCUACGUCGUCAACGUCAGAUCAAGAACCAGCGAAAGAAAGUGUUGCGCCGGAUAACCAAAUGGCAAAAAUGUCUUCCACAUUCGACAAACGACGGUUCAAGCUCUACAAGAACAGUGAGUUCAGUUGCCAACCAUGUGGCAGAAAUUUCGGAACCAAAGGCAGCUAUACCCAGCAUUGUAAGGCACACCACUCGGGACCAAUGGACCAUCGGUGUGGUAACUGCGGAAAGCGGUUUCCCACUGAGGCGAAGAUGAAGUUGCACGAGAGACUCCAUACCAUGAAGGAUAAACCGUUCAAAUGUGGCCAGUGUUCAAAACAGUUCAUCUACAGUCACGACUUGAAGCGCCACGAAGUGAAACGUCACGGUCAAGGAAAUUGUUAUGUUUGCAAAGUCUGCGGACUGAAGCUCACCAGGCCGGAUGCCUUGGCGUUGCAUGAGAUUAGCCACAACAAGAAGACAGGAUAAGGAUAAGUUUUUUGUUGUUACCUAUUUAUUGACGAAAUAAAAUAUUAUUCAUUUAAAUUUAAUUCUCAUUCUUUUUUUAUUAAACCUGUAAUAUAUUAUAAUGUCGUUCCCUUCAUUCUAUAACUUGGAUUUCUUGUACCCUUUUUCGGAAGAAUUAUUCGUAGAAGAAUUCCAAGAAAAGCCUAUCUAAUUCGUAUGAAAAGUUGAGUGCACUCAGAAAGAAAUAAAGAAAUAAAUUACGAAAUUACAAGAUUAUAUAUUGGCGUUACAGUUAUACAUGAUGAUAACUCUUAAAAAUGUUUUCAGACUACUCGAAAAUGUCAUCGGAAAUAAAAGCCAAUGAUAUUUCAGAACAUUGGAACUUGAUGAUACAAAUCUUUUUAGAUUCUGAAUACAAGUUGAUUGCACU